UUUCUUUCUUCAGUCUCCUCUCUCACAAUUUACUCGCAGCAGAGUCCAGUCCUCUCCUCCUCUCCCAUUAUUUACUCUCACACACAUAUCUCUCUCUCUACCAUUCUGAUAGAAGGGGAGUGAUAGAAUCAAAGAAACCCACAAGUGAUUAACCCUUUUUUCUUCGUGAAGACUUACAUUCAACCGGAAAACAAAGGAGACUUUCGCUAAUCCUCGCAUAAUACUACUACUAGCAGUUGCAGGAAGAGUAACGAUGUUAAAGACAUUGUUAGUUCACGGGCUCUUGUUGGUCUUCUUCUUCUUCUUCUUCUUGACCAGCUCCGUCGCCGGCGAAGAAAACGACGGCGGCUCGUCGAUAUGCAACUGCGACGACGAAGAGAGCUACUUCAGCUACGAGGGAAUCCUCGAAUCUCAAAAAGUCGGCGACUUUCUAAUCGCGGUCGCUUACUUCUCCAUCCCCAUCGAGCUUCUCUACUUCGUGAGCCGCACCAACGUCUCCUCGCCUUACAUUUGGGUCGUCUGCGAGUUCAUAGCCUUCAUCGUCCUCUGCGGCAUGUCCCAUCUCCUCUCUGGCUUCACCUAUGGACCCCACUGGCCUUGGGUCAUGGCUGCUGCUACCGUCUUCAAGAUGUUGACCGCGAUCGUCUCCUUCCUCACGGCCCUCUCGCUGGUCACUCUCUUGCCGUUGCUACUCAAAGCUAAGGUUCGAGAGUUCAUGCUGAGUAAGAAGACUAGGGACCUUGAUCGCGAGGUUGGUCUUAUAAUGAAACAGACGGAGACUGGUCUGCACGUGCGUAUGCUCACUACUAAGAUAAGGACGUCUCUGGACCGUCACACGAUACUCUACACGACGCUUGUGGAGUUGUCGAAGACUCUGGGGCUCAGGAACUGCGCUGUUUGGAUCCCUAAUGAGAUCAAGACGGAGAUGAAUCUUACUCACGAGUUGAACGGUGAGAAUGUGGGUGGUGGUGGCGAGUUUUCGAUACCGAUCACUGAGUCUGAUGUUGUGAGGAUUAAGAGGAGCGAAGAGGUGAACAUGUUGAGUUCCGGCUCCGCGCUUGCCUCGGUGACUAGCCGAGGCAAGCCGGGCCAGACGGUCGGGAUCAGAGUCCCGAUGCUCCGUGUUUGCAACUUCAAAGGCGGGACGCCGGAAGCUAUCCACAUGUGUUACGCGAUCUUGGUCUGCGUGCUUCCCUUGGGGCGGCCGUCGUCGUCGCGGAGCUGGAGCUACCAGGAGCUGGAGAUCGUUAAGUUCGUGGCUGAUCAAGUCGCGGUCGCGAUCUCUCACGCCGUGAUACUCGAGGAGUCUCAGCUCAUGAGGGAGAAGCUCGCGGAACAGAACAGAGCGCUUCAGGUUGCGAGGGAGAACGCGAUGAGGGCUAACCAAGCGAAAGCUGCCUUCGAGGAGAUGAUGAGCGAUGCGAUGAGACGUCCCGUGAGGUCCAUUUUAGAGUUGCUUCCUUUGAUAACGCAGGACGGGACGUUACUCGAUGAGACGCAAAAGGUUAUCGUCGAUGCUAUGGGGAGAACCGGGGAGUUGCUGUUGCACCUUGUGAACAAUGCGGGAGAUAUAAAUACGAGCCGAGCUGGAGAGGCGCAUUGUUUCAGUUUGCGUACGGUUGUGAAGGAAACGGCUUGCGUGGCGAGGUGUUUGUGUUUGGGGAACGGGUUUGGUUUCUCGACGGAUGUUGAUAGAGCACUGCCUGAUUACGUCGUGGGUGACGCUAGGAAGGUGCUUCAAGCGGUGUUGCAUAUGCUCAGGGGUGUAAUGAACCGGAAGAUCAAGGGGAAUGUGACUUUCAAGGUUGUACCGGAGAGAGGAAACUCAGAAGUUGUGAAAGAGAGCCAAGAAGCGGCUUGGCGACAGUGCUAUUCCAGAGAAUACAUUGAAGUUAAAUUCGUAUUUGAUGUAGAAAAUGGCGAAGAGAGUAGUAGUAGUAGCAGCAGCGUUAAGUUCAUGGAAGGGAACGUUUUGGUAGUGGAGGAUGGUGAAGGUUUGGUGAAAAGCCUCUCGGUUGUGUUCCGGUUCCAGCUCCGGCGAUCUAUACAGUCACGAGGCGGUGGUUAUUCUGGAGAAACUUUUAAAACAUCAACGCCUCCGUCUACUAGUAACGGUCAUUGGCGCCAGUAAAGGGGGGGGGAUAUGUUAGAGCAGAAGAGAGAGUGAUAAAAGGGUUAAGAAUUUCAGAGAUGAGGGAUAACUAAAAAGUGAAAACGGUGUCGUGUUUAACUAGGUUUAACCUGUUAUUAUGUAGGCAGGCAAAAGGCAUGGUUUCAGACUUGUUACCCCGGUAGAUAACAGAAUUAAAAAGUUGAAUAUGUCGGAGGAUGUUUUUUUCCUCUUUUUC